UUGAGCCGCAGCCGCACAGCAGCUGAUUGAUAUCCGCAGUGAGUGUUGUGAUAAGCGUGAUAAGUUUGUGGUGUUUUGCGGAAAUUUUGCUCUGAAAACCAUUUUAAACGUUCUCUAUCCAAUCAAGUUAAGCACCCAUAUGUCCAGUGCCGCACACAAGAUGAAGGUUUUGUCCCUCUACAGACAGCUGCUGCGCGAAUCGCAAAAAUUCAGCUCCUACAAUUUCCGCAACUAUGCCCUACGGCGGAUUCGUGAUGCAUUUCGGGGUAAUAAAGCGCUGACGGAUUCGGUAAAGAUCCAAAGUGAGAUGGAGUUUGCUAGGAAGAAUCUGGACACCAUCAAGCGACAGGCGCUUAUCAGUCAGAUGUUCCGAACGGAUAAACUUGUCAUUGAGAAAUGAGCUCAUCGCAAUGAGAGGCGCUUCUCUUUCAGAAUCAAUCCCAUCGUCACCAAUCUCACUACGAUAACGGAAGUGUAAAUUAGCAGCAUAAACCACAUUUUUCAAUUUUGCCUCCGUUGAUGUGCUUCAUUUCUGCCUACAAAUUAAAAUGUCACAAAUUAGGUGUUCUUCAUUGAAUGCUUAAAUUAAACAGUAUACUGCGUGUCCUUAUAGGUAGGUAUAAGUUUGUGUUUGGAACAUCAACACUAGCAUGUAAAUACCGUUAAGGCACUGUUUAGAUGUAAUAAUGGAUGCAAAAUAAAGGACAUAUUUCAGUAA